GACUUGCGAGGUGCACAGGCCCUGGUUAUAAGCUGUGGAUGUGGGACUGUACAAGCUGAAGUCACAGCACUUACCUCUCAGCCAAGCCAACUAGAAUACCCUGCCUGCCUGUACUGCCGCUCUCUCUCGUUCUCGCUCUCUCUCUCUCCCUCUCCUUCCCUCCUAGAGUGUGAGAGCGCUGAGAUUUGGAAAGUGCGCCUCAGACCCACUUUUGGUCAGCCUGAAGACGGUACAGAGACGGUUUUCCCCCCCUCUCUCUUCCCUUCGAUCCCACUCUCAGUCUCUCUCUCUCACUCGCUCGCUCUCUCCCUGCAGAAGCACAUGGACUACAUUUUCUCCAGAGAGACAGAGAAAGAAGCAAACCAACAUAAAAUUUGUUCCACCUGCCAUUGGUGAAAAUAUUAAAAUUUUUCUGUUUUUGGACAAAGUCGGACCGGCUUUCAAACCAGCGGCAUUGCAAAGUUUAUUUAUAUAUUUUUUAAUAAUUUUUUGUUCCUUUGAUAUUGACUGAUCUGAUACCAUCCUAAUUUCUCUGGGAGACAUGCGUGGCUGAAGGAGAAGAGGAGCCAGAGCCCAACCUGAAAUUCACACCUCGUUGACACCCUCUCACAUCCCGUUCCUCCAUCUACCAUUCAACGCUUGGAGGAGAGAAAAGCAAGUCGUCGUAAGGAUUGGACCAAGGCGCAGCAGUUGCUAGCGGCUAAACCUGGAGCCUGGGAGUCUGAUGACCAUGCUGUUGGCUCCUGUCUGUGUGCUGCUGCUGCUGGGGGGCCGUGUCCUUGGAGGAGGCUACCCCCCCAUGCCCCAGAUGAAGUACAUGCAGCCCAUGAUGAAGGGCCCUGUGGGACCUCCCUUCCGAGAGGGCAAGGGACAGUACCUCGACAUGCCACCCAUGAUGGACGUAAAGGGCGAGCCAGGGCCCCAAGGUAAACCUGGACCUAGAGGCCCAACUGGGCCCUCAGGACUUCCGGGAAAACCAGGACUGGGGAAACCAGGUCUCAAUGGCCAGCCUGGCCUUCAGGGGCCUCCAGGCUUUCCGGGCAUUGGGAAGCCAGGACUUCCGGGUCUCCCAGGAAAGGGGGGAAUUAAGGGGAUGCCUGGGAAUAAUGGAGAGGUUGGACUCCGGGGUGAACCAGGUCCCAGAGGACUUCCAGGUCAACCAGGUCUCCCCGGGCCAGCUGGCCUGUCUCUUAAUGGCAAACCUGGCCUUCCCGGUGGGAGGGGAGAACCUGGGUCUCGUGGAGAACCAGGACAGAAAGGUGGGCCUGGAAAUCCUGGGGAGCGUGGACUCAAGGGAGAGAAUGGCAAUGGGAAUCCUGGAUUGCCAGGAACCAGGGGCCCCAUUGGGCUCAGGGGCCCCCCAGGGCCAGCUGGUAAUCAGGGCAUGGGAAAACCAGGACUUGACGGGCUUCCUGGUCCUUCUGGGCCUAAAGGGGACCAGGGGCUCCCAGGAGGAAUAGGAGAGCCAGGGGAGGCUGGCGGUCCAGGGCUGCAAGGCCAGCCUGGACCCAUCGGAUUGGGAAAGCCUGGUAAUGAUGGAUUGCCUGGAGGACCCGGUCCACUUGGGCCGAAAGGUGAGCCAGGACAGAGAGGUUCUCCAGGGUUUCCUGGAGGUCCUGGCUACGGCAAACCUGGUCUACCAGGGAUAAAGGGAGACAAGGGCCUUUUCGGGGGACCAGGUGUCCCUGGAGCUAAGGGAGAGCCUGGGAUGGAGGGACAGCCAGGAGACAUGGGCCCAGAUGGAAAGCCAGGACCACCAGGAAUACAGGGCCCCAUGGGGCUUUCAGGAAAACACGGCAUGCCCGGCCUGAAGGGAGAGUUGGGUCCGCAGGGGCAUCCAGGUCUGCCAGGGAUCAGAGGGGACCAGGGUCCCGGUGGUAUGUCUGGAAAACCAGGCAUUCCUGGAGACAAAGGGCUCCCGGGCCCUAACGGGGCUAUCGGAAAACCUGGGCCCAAAGGCGAGGCGGGGCACAUAGGCCUGCCAGGAAACCCAGGUCUUUUAGGCAAUCCUGGACCAAAAGGGGAGCUUGGGUUCGUUGGGUCUCCAGGACCAAGAGGCCAGUCUGGAAUCCCCGGUCUGCAGGGGCCUUCAGGGCCAAUGGGACCACAGGGUAUCCCAGGUCUGAAGGGCGAACCUGGGCUGCCGGGUCUUCCAGGUCUGGGCAAGCUCGGAGAAAAAGGAGUUCCAGGUCCCCAAGGUCCCCCAGGAAAGCCAGGUAACUCUGGACUCAACGGCAACCCCGGCCCUCCUGGGCCACCCGGGCCCCCUGGCCCUGCAGGAAACGGACAAACCGGGGUGGCUGGGCUAACGGAUUCAGGGCUGGGUGGGGACGAGGUACCAGACGAGAGGAACGGAAAACCACUGUUUGGCCGUGCAGAUCUCUCCGCCACCCUGGCACCCGCGUUUACCGCCAUCCUCACUACAGCCUUCCCUCCCUCUGGGAUGCCCAUCAAGUUCGACAGGACCCUGUACAACGGGCAGAAUGCCUACAACCCUGCCACCGGUAUAUUCACCAGCCCCAUGCCUGGCGUCUACUACUUUGCCUACCACGUGCAUGUAAAGGGACUCAGUCUGUGGGUGGCGCUGUACAAGAACUAUGUUCCAGCUACAUACACCUAUGACGAGUACAAGAAGGGCUACAUGGACCAGGCGUCCGGUAGCGCCGUCCUUGAGCUGAAGGAGAACGACCAGGUGUGGAUGCAGAUGCCCUCGGAUCAGGCUAAUGGGCUCUACUCCACCGAAUACAUCCACUCGUCCUUCUCAGGGUUCCUGCUCUGUCCCACAUAACGGCCUGCUAGUCAACUAUCACCUAGGGUGCCUUCUGAUGUCCCUAUAUCAUAACACCGGCAGCCAUAACAGAAUAACACCACCUGUAUAAUGUUAUCAUCAACAACAUCAACAACGACAGGAAAAGACGUUGCGAAUGGAAGAUGGAGAAUUAAAAAGCAGGAGAAGGAUACUUCAUGCUGUGCUCUGUUUUUAUCUCUUUCUUUAAAAUGUCAGUUUUUUUUUUUUUAUGUGUUUGUUUUUUUAGCUUAUAUUAUUAUAAUUAUUAUUAUUGUCAUAAUUGUUAUUAUUAUUAUUAUUAUUAUUUGUCAUCGUUGUCUGUAUUGUUGUUGUUUAUUGGAUUCAGACUAUUAAGUGCCUUACUUUGUCUAAGUAACAGUUAUUAUGCUGCGUUAUAACUAAUUGGGAAGGUGGUAAAUACCAGUUGGAUGCAAUCACGUGCUUUGAGCUCAUUGAGAAACGCCGAUUGGCUAACAGCUAUCGUGCUUGUAAAAUAUUAUAGUGUUUUAAAACCAUAUUAAUAGCUUGCUUUUUAUAAAUAAUGUUUUGCUGUUGCAUUUAACUGCCAUAAAUGCUGUUAUCAUUUCCUUAGUAGGUGACAUUGGAGGUCAGCAUGUGGGAGAAGUCGGAGCUCAGCGAUGAUAGACGAGUUUCCCAUUAGUAAUUACCAGUUAGAGGAGCGUUCAAGUCGAUUUUUCCUAGUCGUAUGUGGUAAAUACCACCUUCCCACCUGGUUGUGAACGUAGCAUUAGACCUACCCAUGUGACUGCACAUCCUACCCAAAUGCUCUGACAUCAGUAGGAUGAAAUCUUCGGACCCUGGGGCUCUGAUUGGUUCCCCUGGCUGCAGUCACUUCCUGCACAAAAACCUCCCAUUUCCUUCCGUGUGCACUUCCUUCCUAUUUAAAUCAAUAUUUCACAUAAAGAUGUACCAUUACACAUACAGUAUGAAGAGUAUAUUCAAUAAACAAUCCCUUACGUGAAAUAAUAUCCCAAACUUUCACUUGACUUUUUUUUUUUUUUAAUACCUGUUAUAGGGAUCGAUGGAUCAUUGUUUAUCAGUAUGCUCUGAUGUUUUGACAGUCAACUUCCAGUUGUCUGUCGGGUGCUAAUUUCCUGGUUCUAUGAGAGGCCGGUGCUGAAAGCAUUGCUGGUCAUACUAGAAGCUGACGGUUUUGGAUCAUGGCUAUUUCUUGAUCAAUAAGAAGUCAUUGCUCUAUCCAACUUGUGUAAGAUCCACACAAAGCAGGGAACACAUAGAGAUAGCAGUAUUAAAAAUCCAAAAGUAACCAUGCUUUCCCCCUUUUUCCUCUUCUUUGAAAAAGCAUCAAAAUCCAAACCAGUAACCUAAAGAAUUAUAAAUACUGUAUAUAGAACACAUUAAAUAGACAAAUAAAUAAAUCUAUGAAUAAAUGUGUAAGUUAAUCAUUAUAUUAAUAAAUACAUUAUGCGUCAGCUAAUAGACAGAAAUUGUGGGCCAAAUGCAUUAGGAUCAGUGCCAUGUUUCCCUGCAUGGAUCCAUUCUGUGGGUAUUCCCAUUUACCACCUGCAUUGCAGCUCCCAUGUCACCCUAAUUACGUGCUCUAUGGCACACACAUAUUGAUGACAUCACUGCUUCUUGUGUCCGCUAACGCCAUGGCUGUGGCCGAGCAAUCAAUGCCCUAGUACCUUUCACAUUAACAUUUAGAGUGAACGUUCUGAGGGAUAGCUCACAUUAAAAGCCUCAUUCUGUCUACAAACUACACAGCACAUCACAACUACAAAUCACAUUAACAACUGGCCAAAGGCCAUCCAACCUGUUUCUACAGAAUAACCCUUUCAAGGUUCAGAUGAAACCCAAUGGGUGCAUUGGGUGCAAUUCAAAUGAUCUUACACAACACUCCCAGUAUUUGGUGCUAUAGUUAUUAUCUCAUUGUGAUGAUAAACGUACAGUAACAAUGUAUAAUCCUCCAUAAGCCUCAGUAUAACAUAAAGGCUAUACAUUCAUUUUCCACCUAAAGAUACAUCCACAACUAAAAUGGUUUGUCCAUUGCUUGGUUAAAUGGAACAUCUGAUGUUGCCGCAGUAUAUUCCUAGCAGAAGUUUUCUGACAGAAUAAGAAAGAAGGUUAACUUUCGGAAAUGACCAUGCAUGAAUCUCCAUAAUAAGUAUAUAUAUAUAGAGAGAGAGAGAGAGAGCGAGAGAGACCGACAGAGAGGGAGGGAGCGAGAGAGAGGCCCUGUGGUUGUGAAAUUGUUAUUGCAUAACAGUUAACAUGGCUCUGUUAUUUCUGGGAGAAACGGUGGGACAAAGGUGAGAAGGGUGUUUGCUGUGUGAGUUCUCCUAGUGCAGUACAGUGUUUCUGUCUGUAUCUAUUUUUUAACUCCCAGCCGUUAACACUUCACCUGGGUGAAAGAUGAACUGCAAAGACCAUGGAACAUGCUUUCUUAGUCAUGCACUUCUAGCUAAUAUUCCACCACAGUUUUGAAUUGAAGAUCUGAUGUGGUUCAAAUAGGACAUGUGUGUCAUCAUGAAGGUGACCUAAAUGUAUAUGUAUGGUCCUAUAGCUUGGGCAAUGUCGCAAAGAGAAGAAUUUGGUUUGGUAGUAGUAGUGGGCUACACAUCAUGCAAAGAGGAGAAACGUCAAAUAGACACGUGGGAAAUGUAUUCAAAGUAAGACGACAGUAAUGUUGGUAUAAAAACAUGAAGGUUGACAUGGGAGAAUCUGGGAAGGAAUGAACGGGACAAUCUAUCGUGAAGACCUUCAUUUUCCAGUGACCUUGGACUCAAGGUUAUAUGAUACAGUAUAUCACACUUCCUUGCUGUAAAUUCAACGUAGGGGCAUCAUAUAGUGUUUCCAUCUUUAGAUAUAUUUACUAUUGGUCAUCAAUGGUGAGAAUACACCAUUUCGACUGCCCUGAUGCUAUUCAUGGUGGAUAUAGCAGAAUGGUAGGUAGCACCCAUUUAUUUUCCUAGAUUUUGAGUUCUCUUUCUGUAACACUACUCAAAAGUAGAAGUUGUAUUCAGAUUGAGAGCCUGAUGCCAACAUUCAAUCAAAAUGGUUAUCCAGGUUCCUGUGGUAAAUAAGAAGAAUAAUGAAUGUAGGGAUAUUGCUCUGUUGUCUGCAUAUUAAUACAAUUGCUGUAUAGCUGUGUCUAAAGAAAUAUGUUUUUGAAAUGUCCUGGAGAAACGGUCAUCGGUUUUGACUGACUAGAGCCUCAUGUCUCACGUUCAGUAUUUUAAGUUUAUCCAAUGCAUUCUCACUAGUCUCUGUGCCCCUAAUCCUCUCAUCAGAACCUGAACAUACCUUAAGCAAAGUUUGUGUAUCAUUAUUGUUGUGUAAGUCUACUAGACAAUUCAAGACUUGUUCUUGUUAUGUACUGUAUAUCAGACAUUUGGAAAGCCAUUUUUGAGUGGCGUGGUCGGAUAGACUGUUACUCUCCUUUUGUCUAUUCCUUGUCAUAGACAAUGUCACUUGGUUUCAGAGCUUGCAGUGUGUGCAAAUCAUUUUCCCCAAAUGUACUGCCUUGAUCAUAAACUGAUUAGACUUGUUUUCUACUCAAUGAUAAAAAAAACUAUAUAUAUAUAUAUAUAUAUAUAUAUAAAAAUAUGCCUUGCUUCGGUUUUAAGGGAUAUUUGUUUGUUAUAGUUUGGAGAUAGAUACAAAUGGGCAUUUUAAUUUGCUCAUGACCUUAAUGAAGAUGUAUUUAUACAUUUGUGAUAAUUUAACAGUAACGCCAAAACCGCCCACCAAAGCCUAGAUGGUAUAAAUGGUAUUUAACAGCAUUGAACGAGAUCAUUUAGAACACCUAGUUAGCAUUCUAGCAUUGUUCAUGAAGGAUUAUUUUUGUGGAUUUAAAAAAAUAUGUUUUUUUUGUAUAAUGUACAAUGUAUCAACCUAUAGGAUUGUUUGUCUUAUACAUGGCUAUUGUGUGCCCUCUAUGCAAUAGAAUAUGGGUAUAAAAUGCACUCUUUUGAUUGAAAAUGUUUUGUCUGCUUAUACAAAAUCUACAGUACUUGAUUGUAUUGAUACCAAAUCAAUAAAUACUUUAUUGUA